AUGGCUAUUAUAACCUCUGCCCUGGAAGACCGUUCUCUCGACAAGCCAUACUCCACAGCCUCGGACAGCAUGGAUCCGCUCAGCUCCGUCUACAGGGCGGGGCUUAUUCCCCUCGGCAUAUUCGCCAUGAUGAGUUUAUUAUCAGUUACGGCCUUGCUCGGAUUUAUCACUCAACGAAUGAUUUCAUGGCGGAGACAUUACAGACAAUACGUCGGAUACAACCAAUACGUUAUCCUCAUCUACAACCUCCUAAUCGCGGAUCUGCAACAAUCAAUCGCAUUCUCGAUAUCCUUCCAUUGGCUCCGAAUCGGCAAGAUCGUAGCACCCACUGGCGCAUGUUUCCUCCAGGCGUGGUUCCUGCAAAUUGGAGAUGUCGCCAGCGGUUUCUUCGUCCUCGCAAUCGCGAUACACACCUGGUUGGGCGUGGUGAAGGGAUACAAAUUGCCAUACUUCUGGUUUGUGGUGUCAAUCCUCUCGAUCUGGUUCUUCGCAUUGAUCCUCACGAUAAUUGGACCUGCGAUGUACCAGGAGCGAUACUUCGCUCGUGCUGCAGGAUGGUGCUGGGUGUCCCACAACUACCAAGAGGAAAGGCUUUGGCUACACUACCUCUGGAUCUUCAUUGUCGAAUUCGGCACAAUAAUCAUCUACGCCCAUGUCUUCUUCCACCUGCGCGGCCGUAUCCGGAGUAUCAUGGCGAACGACACUAGCAAGCUCACGCGAGCGACCAAGUUUAUGGUCAUGUACCCUUUCGUAUACGUCCUACUUACAUUGCCCAUCGCCGUGGGCCGCAUGGUAGCGAUGACCGGUCAUCCAAUGCCAGAUCUUUUCUACAUCAUCGCUGGCUCGCUCCUCACAUCGUGCGGCUGGAUCGAUGCGCUCUUGUACACCUUGACACGGCGAGUUCUAGUCUCCGGAGACUUGAGCACAGGGCACUACAACAGGACCGUUACGGCGACUCUCACCAACGCGGCACGACCAGGCGACGCCGAUCAUUACGGCCUACAUUCGAUGAGCAACAAAGAACCCACUGCCCGUACCGUCACCAUAGUAGGUGGCAGCAACAGGCUAUCGCGAAUAGUCGACCACCGCCGCGGGCGCAGUUACACAACGCGGUCACGACUCGAAGACACGCUACACGAGGACGAUAGUCCAACGCGAGCAGGAUCACAAGAUUCGAUAAUCAAGAACACACCCACGGGGCACGGCAUCAGUAUUGUCACAGAGACAAGUGUACAGGUGGAGACCGCUGAGGACAAAGAGUUCGAAGCCGGAAGGCCGCGGUCGAAAGACUGGAACGACGACUACAAUCGAAGGUCGUCAUGA